CGCGCGAGGUCGCGGGGGCGCGCGGGCGGCCCGUGGCUGCCUCUGGGGCUCCGUGCACUGGCGCCGCCGCCGCCUCCGUCGCUCCGGCUCCGGCUCCGGCCCCGCGCCCCCUCCUCCCGCCGGCCCCGCGUCUUCGGGAGUUUGCGGUAGUCCUGGCCCGGUGCCAUUGUCAGGCUCGGGUCUGCUUUGAAGCCAGCCUGAAACAAGAGCACAGCCCCCUAGCUGAGAUGCCUUCCUUCCGAGAUGCCCAGGUGACAGUCGCUUGGCCGAUUCUGUAACUUCCCCGAACUUGUGCUCCUUGACUCUGGACUUCCUGCCUGGGCAGAGAGGGCGAUGGUGCCCCUUUCCAGGACUCUUUUCUCCUUCCGUGUGAAUGGCAGCGAGAAGCCAUUUGAGGAGACAGCCUGGAGAAAGAGCUCUGGUGCCUUGUUGACAUCCUGGAACUUCGGAAAAGGACGAAAUCUGCUCUUAGGGGAUAAUGCUAAGGGAAGCUAUGAAGUCUUGGAGUGAUAGCCAGUCAGACCUCUACAGCAGUGACCAAGAAGAGGAGGAAGAGAUGAUUUUUGGUGAAAAUGAGGAUGAUUUGGAAGAGAUGAUGGAUUUAAGUGAUCUGCCUACCUCACUUUUUGCAUGUUGUGUACAUGAAACUGUGUUUGAGGUGCAAGAGCAGAAGGAGAGAUUUGAAGCACUUUUUACAAUCUAUGAUGACCAAGUUACAUUUCAGUUAUUUAAAAGCUUUAGAAGAGUCAGAAUAAACUUCAGCAAACCUGAAGCAGCAGCAAGAGCCCGGAUAGAGCUUCACGAGACGGACUUUGAUGGGAAGAAGCUGAAACUGUAUUUUGCACAGGUCCAGAUGACUAGCGAGCCAGGAGACAAAGCGUAUCUGCUUCCCCCGCAGCCCGUCAAGCAGUUCCUGAUCUCCCCGCCGGCCUCUCCUCCUGUGGGGUGGAAGCAGGGUGAAGACGCGAUGCCUGUCAUAAACUAUGACUUACUUUGUGCCGUUUCCAAGCUGGGUCCUGGAGAAAAAUACGAGCUUCACGCAGGGACCGAGUCUACCCCAAGCGUGGUUGUUCACGUCUGUGAAAGCGAGACUGAAGAGGAGGAAGAAACGAAAAAUCCCAAACGGAAAAUCGCCCCAACCAGGCGUCCUGAAGCGCCUUCGAUGAUCCGAAGCGAUCCUCCGGCUUUUGGCUGUACACUGUGAAGGUAGCAGUGGCAGGAGGGACCUCACAUGGUCUUGGUCGUGAAGAGCAGCUUUCUGCCCCCUGCUGCUGGCGUGGGUCAGUCAGAGUGUCAGGGGAUGGACGUGCUGUGCUCAGCAGUCCUGUGCUCUUCUGAAAGUCGUGUACAUUUUACAUAGUACAGGGUAACAGCAGAUUUCACUAGUGAUUGUCUUUCAUGUUCGAAUUUUAGAUGAUAUUCUAAACAGCACUUUAAUUUAAAGGAUAGUACCGCCCCCCAGUGUAGCAUCUCUGACAUAUUUUACUAGUGGAAAAUUAGGAAGUUGGUUUUAUUUUUUCCAGCAAUGUUAACUUCUCUAAUAUCAUGUAGCAUGGGGUACCAAAAACUGGAACUAUAUUCACCCAGUACAGUACCAUUUUAUGGAUUUAAAAAUCUAGUCUCUAGCUUAACAGUUCAGCGUGGGUAUUUUUGUACUGGUAUACUAGCUUCUAACUAAUGUAUUGAUCAAAUGUUAAUGCUAUUCAGUAUAUACUAACAUUUUUGCACGGCUAGAAGUCUAAUGUCUAGGAGAAUUAAUAGAAAAUGAAUCGGCCCAUUUCAAAGUAUUUUUUCUUCAACUUUUUGGAAAGAAAUGCCAAAUUCACCUUGAUUGAUGAAAACUUUGGCAUCUUUCCAUGUGCAUAUUGUGUAGUGCUCUACCCUUAACAGAAAGUCUGGAGGGAAGAGAUACACAGAACUCCCUUCCUGAUGCCUAUGCCUUCUUAGAGGCCGGCUCCCUGCGGGACACCUUGCCAGUAGGCAUGAUUGACUGUGGUGUCAGAUGGCUGAUCAUAGAUUGCCAUUUGCAGCUAACUGUGUUCCUGUCUAGAGUAAAAACUUGCUUUCAGCCGUUCAGUGUUAGUCUGUUAACUUCUCUAUUGUUGUACUGAUCACUGGUCCUUGAGGCUGUUUGUUUUGUUAUGUGUGUUUGGUUGUGUCUGUCCCAUAAUCCAGAGAAAAAGAGAUGACCGAUUUUCUGAAGGUGGCUUGUAAUUUGAAAAUAAGUCUACACACUCUCAGUUUUCUGUUUCUAAGAGUAGUGGGGAAGAAAGAAAUCGGCUGACUCAUCACAUUUGCUUUGGGGAUGAAGCAUGUCUGCUUGUGUUCACUAAAGUACAGGACGGCUUCUCUAUUGUGCACGGGAUACUUCUGAGAGGAAAAGCACCUUUGGAAGUGCCCUUCAGUGGGCUCCAGAUAUUUCUGGUACCUGUUACGGAGCAUUACCUGUUCUAAUGACAGUAAGAUGGAUUUCUGUGGGCUUAUGUUUCACUGCAGAUACUUUUUUUUUUAAUCUUCCAAAUGUCCCUGGUCCUUCAGCAUUCUGAAAUCUUCCCAGUUGCAUGGGGACACACACACACACACACACACACACACACACACACACACACACACACACACACACACAUGCACGCACACACUCUCUCUCUCUCUCUCUCUCUCUCUCUCUCUCACAUAUUUGCUUCUGGAAUCUGUCACUGAUAAAUUCUAAUGUAAAUUUAGUAGAAGUAUGAUCAAUCAGCAGCUUCCUCAGUUCCAGUCAGCAUUUGGCAGCUGAUUUGACACCCAUUUAACGAGUUCACUUCAUAAAUCUGAACUCAGGACUGCCAGUUAUCUUCUUGCCCAGCAGGCCCCAGGUUAGAGUUACAGAAUGAGUCCUCUCAGUGAGGAGAUGGCAUGUGUUUUAAAUCUACUCGAGAACACAUUCAGGCUCCUCCCAAGUAGCCGUGGUCUGUCAUAACUUUCCCAGUGGCCACAAUCCACGAAUUUUCAUUCCACUUCCCCUUCUCCUGCCAAUUACGACACGUCCCGUCAGUGAGACAGGAAGCACUUUGUAGUCUCUCUGCAGUACCAGCUGCCCACUUCCCCCCUGUUUUUGAGAAUGUUGGAUGGGCUAAAAACCUUUUUAGAGAGUGAAUUCUUUUUAAACAAACUACCAAUAAAGCUUUGAGGGAAGGAGUCAGCUUGGCCCACCCUUGGAAAGGACCUUGGGCAGAGAAUCCAAAGGCUGAAUCCUGGUUCCGCCACAGAGAUCCGUGGUGUCACCUGAGGCAAAUGUUGCUUUCUGAAGCCUCUGUUUCCUUAUCUGUAAAAUGAAGGGUGUCCAGCUAAAGCUCUCUAAGGCCUCUCCCAGUGCUGGCAUUCUGUGUUUUUUGUGAGGGGGGAACAUCGACAGUUCCAGUGCACAGUUUUCAUCAGGUGAAUGUUUAAGUAAAAAUUAUCCACACCUUUUGGUUUUUCAUUAUUGGAAUCACUUUGGAACCUGACAGGUCUUGUAGCUUCUGGCUUUGGGGCAGUUAGGCAUCCUGCCCACUUAACUGUCUUGCAAAAUGAAGAACUCUCCUAUGCACCACUUUCUUCUUUUACCAAAUUCCUGCAGUGUUUUUGCUAUUGAAAUUGUAUUGUUGUAAACCAAGUUAACAUUUGUACCCAGGUCUGAAUAACUGUCAUGGCCGUGUUUUCUCUUUAUUUGAGCAAGCAACUUAUUUAGAGAAUUUUGAGAAAGCAAAAGGUGCCUUGUAUCAGGGGAGGAGGGAGGAGAGAGGGAAGGUGAUUGAUGUGAAUACAAAGACUAGAGUGGUCAAGAAGGACGGUGCCCUUUUGGCCCCCUUGGUUCAUUCCAUGGGUGACAAAGACUCUCUGCUGCCAUGGUGGAUUCAGGUGAGGACAAGAGCUUCCAUAGGGCUUCUGAGAAAAGGAUGAAUAACCUUGUAAAUCAGAAUUGUGGGUGUUGAAGGAGUCUUUUCGUGGAGGCAGUGGAGGUGUUGCAGGACCCAGAGGCCUCAUGUCCCUUUGUGCUCCGGGGAUUUGCCUUUGCUUCCCUGAAGGCGGGCUCCUGCCGGGUGUGCCAUGGAGGCAGAGUGCCCACAGAACCUCAGAACAGCUGCUGAACACCGAGGAUGCAUUCCAGAAAGCGGGGUAUAAAAUUAUCUAAUUUCUUUCAAAGAGUACUUGAAAUCCCCGCUGCAUAAAGCACCACAAGAGGAAAAAAUGAAACCUGGUGCCCCUGAGACCACUGAAGGACACCAGAGAGAAGGUAGUUUGCAGGUGCAGUCUUCCCCGUCCUUGGCUGUUGUGUUUUUAAAUAGUAAACUAGCUUUGAUGCUUUGUGGGGUUUUUAAUGUUAUAAUUCAGUCCAAUGGAGCAUAAUGGGAGUCUGUCUAAAUAUCCUCAUCUCACUAGUCAAGCAUGCCAGCAGGAUGCAUUGGUCUUUUCAGAACAAAACUGUAGUGAAAUUUUAAGGUAAAUGUCAUGCUUAAAACCUGUGUCUAAUGUGAUAGAACAAGACCCUGAAACCAUUUGGAAGUCUCUCCAGCACAUGUCUUACACCAGACUGGGAUUUCAUCUUCAUGCUUUAGAGGGGAAGCAGAGGGAUGACUUGGGGAGGUGAAGACUCACUUUAAAGGGGAACCAUGAUGGAUGAUAAAGCAAGAGCCCAUUUGCGAUUGAGUAUAUGUUUGAGGCUGCCCAGCAUCCUUUGGCCUUGUUAGACUGUGGCUUUACUCACAAAGUGAGAGUUACCAGUGUACAAAAGCAGUAGGAAAUCUAACAUCCCCCAGGGUCUCCUGGUGCUGUUGUUCACUUUAUGUUUCUCUUUUCUCUAGAGUUGUGCUCCUUAAAUUGUAUGAAAUGAAUUAAACUUCUAUGAACCACUUUUUUUUUCCUGCUUUAUAUAGCCCCACCUUCUGGGAGCACAUUUUGCAUUUAAUUUGCUAGUACUGAAAAUCCAAAUUUACAUAGACCAUGACAAGGGAAGGGAGUGGAGAUUUGGGCAGCCAUUUGCUUCUUAUCUAGAGAAGUCUGUCUGUGUAAUAAUAAACAUUCCCCAAGUAUUCAUUGAAUGAAUGAAAAUAAGACUUGCAGAUUUGGCACAGUGUUUGAAUGUGUUGACUCAGUGGCGUAACUCCCUUUUUCUGCCAUGAUGUUUGCGACAUGCACGAGGCACUUUCCGUAAGGAGAACCAUUGUUUUGCUUAUUGAAAACAUAUUUUAGAUGCCCAGGAGGCUUUUGUUAUAACUGGCAUAGAUUAAAGCCAACUGAAAAACAGUAAUUGCUAGACUCAUCGACCAAAAAGGUUACUGGCACCAAUAUUGUUCAGAAUCAAAACUGUCCCCAGGAUUGGGAAGGCCUUUCCUGCUGAGUGAGGGGUCCUUGGAUGGUGAAAACCACAACCUUUCCUGACCCUCUGCUGUCUUAGGCCCCUGGAAUUUGAGCUCUUCUGGCCUGCAUCUUUCCUUCUGUAAUCAAAUGAGAUAGUAUUUGUAAAGCACUUAGCCCAGUGCCUGGCACACAGUAGGCACUGUAUAAAUGCUUAUUUCCUUCUCUUCCCUCUCCUGCUUCUUGAAGCAGAAUCAUGGGCCCAGGGAGUUCCUAUACUCCUUGGAGGAUCUUUUUCCAAAUGUACAUCCUCAUUAUGAUGAAAGGCCUGCCUGUUCACAUGAUGGGUUUUCUCUAUUGUUUUACUCAUUUAAAGUCACCUAUGGCUACGAUUUGGGAAUGAGACAAGGAGUAGAUAAAGGCAGUCACUUUGUCAUUGUGCCAUAUGAUUUCUCUGUUACUCUUCCUGCAGUUUUUCCAAACCAGAAAGAGUGUUUACAGGAUGUACUGAUGUCCAUUUCUGUCCUAACAUGGCGCCCGCAGGAAGAGAGGUCUCUGUAGACUGUUUUGUCCAAUUCCCAGUUCACCCUUUUACAUGCGACUGCUCAGAUCCCCUGCUUCAUGCAUUGAGUCAUUGUUUUCCCUGAUUCCGGCUUUGAGCUUGUCUUGUGUUUCAGAAGCCCUUCCUCCCUCUAGGGUCCUGGGAGGUGUGUCGUAUGUCCGUAAUGCUUGUACAUGCUGUCCACAUUGUAGUGUCCUUGAGGCAGUGGUCUUCAGUGUAGUCAGUCUUGUGUGUUAUCAGCAACUAUUGAGUAUACUGUACUGCAAGGACAUUCCUGUACCUUGUGCUGUAAAGGUAGCAGAAGCAGAAUGUAAUCCUUUUGGAAGCUUACUGAUUCCUGCUAAGAAAUUUUUGUUUUUCAAAACUGUAAGAAAUAAAGUUAAUUUUUUUAAAAUAACACA